UGAGUAGUUCUGAAGUAAGAGCUUUACAACCCUAAGCCACGGUUUACAAUCAGUCGAAAGCAAAUCUUCGUUGUGAAUGGGAGAGUUGAGCGCUCUCCAUCUUUCCCGGUUAUCGUCUGCUAGUGUCAACCGUUCUGUGGGAGCUGUAUUGUUUAGUGUUCGGGGAUUUUCCUUCCAUCAGUUUCUAAAAAAUAUUUGAAUUUUUUUUUUCGUUACUUGAAAUACUGUACUUGGAUUAAACACUAUCAUCAAAUUUGUUUUAAUUUUUUUUUCUCAUGAGAAUUAUUGAAUUGAAAAUACUAUAGUUAUUUAAAAAAACAGAUACAAUAUUUGUGUGAAAAUUUUCCCUCAUCAGGUGUUUUAGCUAGAAAGUGACAUUAUACAUUGGAAUAAAUAUUAUAUUGUUUUGGCAACAUUGAAAUAAAAUAUUCAGACAAAAAUCGUCUGAAAUUCAGGAAAAUUUGAAUCAUCGUCUGUUUUUUAAGAAAGCCUGAAAAUAUCGUCUGAUUAUUCACAAAAUCUGAAACAUCUCUCCGACAAACGGAAAACUGCUUGUUAAAAUUUUCAGCAGAGGAAAUUUUUGCAAAAACCAAUAAAUGAAAGAAUCAAAAAUGAAACGACGGUUUGAUCCGAUAUACACCUUACAUCAAACGUGAGGCUGUAAAAGUAACUACAAAACUCAAAUCUGAUUUCGAGUUCUUUACGUUUAUUCAUUUCUAGUUCGGAAAAAAAAAAGUUUUUUGACUGCAUUCAGCAGCGAACACCCGUCAAUCAAUCAAAAUUUAUUGAGUAAGAAUGGUUGCAUCUGUCACAACAGAGAUUAUUGUGAACAAGAAGUAAAUAUUAUAAAGAUUUAAAAAGAUUUUUACUCUGCUUAAGCCUAACAGUUUUUGUGUAUAAAAAAAAAAGAUCAUUUUUUUAUCAACGAUGAACUGGAUGAUUUUCGUGGUGUUUUUAUUGGGGUACAGCAUGGGGGAGGAAUCCCGCCUCUCAGUCUGUCCUCAAGUGUGUGAUUGCAAAGGAUUGACCGUGGACUGUGGAAACCGACAAUUGAAAUCUGUUCCCAGGCCUUUACCAAAAGAAGCUAAAAGGAUAAAUCUGGAAGGAAACAAUAUAACUGUGAUCAGAGCUGAUGAUUUCGAAGGACUGAAUCAAGUACAAAUAAUGCAGCUAAUGGAAAAUCAGAUUCACUUAAUAGAAAAAGGAGCUUUUCAAGACCUUGUAAAUAUGGAACGACUGAGAUUAAACAACAAUAAAUUGAGAAGCUUACCUGACCUCUUAUUUUCUACGAUGCCGAAUUUAUUAAGAUUAGAUUUAAGUAAUAACAGACUGAUAAUGAUUGGAAAGAAAACUCUAAGAGGAGCACCCCUUUUGAAAAAUUUACAAAUGGAUAACAAUGAAAUUACGUGCGUGGAUGAUGUCUCAAUAAGAAUGCUGAAAGAUAUGGAAAUUUUAACGUUAAACAAGAAUAACAUAACAACUCUUGGAAAAGAUUUAUUUGAAGGAAUGAAAAAAUUGCGAGUGUUGAGGAUAUCAGACAAUCCAUUUACUUGCGAUUGCCAUUUGUCGUGGUUGGCGGGUUGGUUACGACGCAAUCCUAGAUUGGGUCUAUUUUCAAAGUGCAAUCUACCUCUCUAUCUCAAGAAUAAAGCCAUCGCUGAGCUACAUGAAUUCGAUUUCAGAUGCACAGGCAAUGAAGAAGAACCUCCGGCAGGUUGCUCUCGAGAACCAAUGUGCCCUCAUCCUUGCUCAUGUUAUGAUGGAGUUGUUGAUUGCCGGGACAAAGGUCUCAGUCGUUUGCCAGACCACAUUCCAGAAACAGCCACUGAACUACGUCUAGAACAAAACCAAAUUCGUGAAAUUCCACCAAAAGCCUUUUCAUCUUUCAAGAGGUUAAAAAGAAUAGAUCUCAGUAACAAUGAAAUUUCAAAAAUAGCAGGAGAUGCUUUCAGCGGAUUAAAGACUCUUACGUCCUUAGUUCUGUAUGGCAACAAGGUAACUGACUUAACAAAUGGAAUAUUUAAAGGAUUAUCUUCUUUACAACUAUUAUUGUUGAAUGCCAACAAAAUAUCUUGUCUUAGAAAAGAUACCUUCAACGAUCUACAUAACUUAAAUCUAUUGUCCUUGUAUGACAACAAUAUCCAGUCGCUAGCAAAUGGAACUUUCAAUGCGUUACACAAUAUUCAAACUUUGUAAGUAAAAAUUUUUAUUUCUUUUAUAUGUAAUAUAUCACGUGGAUGGUCAACCAGUGGUAAGGUAAAAUUUUAAAAGUGGCAAGCGCAACUUAU